CAGCUCGCUCAGUCACAAUCCUCACUCCCCUCAGUGACACUCUCUUAGCAAGCAAGCUAGCUUAGCCAGGAGAGCUCCAUUGCCAUGGCGGCCACCACCACCAUCCCUCUCCUCCUCCUCCUCCUGGCCGCCACCGUCGCCGCCGCCGCCGCCGAGCUCUCCGUGUACCACAACGUGCACCCCUCGUCGCCGUCCCCGCUCGAGUCCAUCAUCGCGCUCGCCCGCGACGACGACGCCCGCCUCCUCUUCCUCUCCUCCAAGGCAGCCACCGCCGGCGUCUCCUCCGCCCCCGUCGCCUCCGGCCAGGCCCCCCCGUCCUACGUCGUCCGGGCCGGCCUCGGCUCGCCGUCGCAGCAGCUGCUGCUGGCGCUCGACACCAGCGCCGACGCGACGUGGGCGCACUGCUCGCCGUGCGGCACGUGCCCGAGCAGCAGCCUCUUCGCCCCGGCCAACUCCUCCUCCUACGCCUCCCUCCCGUGCUCCUCGUCGUGGUGCCCGCUGUUCCAGGGCCAGGCGUGCCCGGCGCCGCAGGGCGGCGGCGACGCGGCGCCGCCGCCGGCGACGCUGCCGACGUGCGCCUUCUCCAAGCCGUUCGCCGACGCGUCGUUCCAGGCGGCGCUCGCCAGCGACACGCUGAGGCUGGGCAAGGACGCCAUCCCGAACUACACGUUCGGGUGCGUGAGCUCGGUGACGGGGCCGACGACGAACAUGCCAAGGCAAGGGCUGCUCGGCCUCGGGCGUGGCCCCAUGGCGCUGCUCUCCCAGGCCGGGAGCUUGUACAAUGGCGUCUUCUCCUACUGCCUCCCGAGCUACAGGUCAUACUACUUCUCCGGCUCGCUCCGGCUGGGCGCCGGCGGCGGGCAGCCGAGGAGCGUCCGGUACACGCCGAUGCUGAGGAACCCGCACAGGUCGUCUCUCUACUACGUGAACGUGACGGGGCUCAGCGUGGGGCACGCGUGGGUGAAGGUCCCCGCGGGAUCGUUCGCGUUCGACGCCGCCACCGGCGCCGGCACGGUGGUGGACUCCGGCACGGUGAUCACGCGGUGGACGGCGCCGGUGUACGCGGCGCUGCGGGAGGAGUUCCGGCGGCAGGUAGCGGCGCCGAGCGGGUACACGUCGCUGGGCGCGUUCGACACGUGCUUCAACACCGACGAGGUGGCCGCCGGCGGAGCCCCCGCGGUGACGGUGCACAUGGACGGCGGCGUGGACCUGGCGCUGCCGAUGGAGAACACGCUCAUCCACAGCAGCGCCACGCCGCUGGCCUGCCUCGCCAUGGCCGAGGCGCCGCAGAACGUCAACUCCGUCGUCAACGUCAUCGCCAACCUGCAGCAGCAGAACAUCCGGGUCGUCUUCGACGUCGCCAACUCCCGCGUCGGCUUCGCCAAGGAGUCCUGCAACUAAUUAAGAAUUAAGAUUAAUUAAGAUGAUCUACCGCUAUCUCAUCUAGAGCCAAGCUGCUGCUAGCAAAUGCACGAGAACGGCUUGUGCAGUCUAUGUAUUCUCUUCUUUUCCCUUUCUGAAAUCACGGUGUCCUCUUGUGGGCUUGUAGCUUUCCGAUCUGUGCAAUAAGGUAUACGUGACAUCAAAACUUGGUCACGGGCGCCUGUCUCAUCUGUAUGUGCCAAUAGGGCUAUAUCUAGGUGAUUACGUACGUACUCAGGGUUUUACCAGUGUGAAUUGGUAUGUUUACAUCGAUCUUAAAGAUCUUCAUCAUUUGCAUCGCUAGAAAAACUUCAUAUGAGAAUACCAAAUCAAGGGCAGCAA